UCUAGUUCUUGAUUCAGUUUUUUUUUUUGAGUUGUCAAGUAAUUUUGGAAGAUGUUAUACAUAUUUAGGAUUGCCUUCCUAAUUUUUGUUGUACUUGCACAGACUGACACAACUCCAUUUCAUGAGACGGCUUCCAGACAAGGUGAAGCCAAUACAGAUCAAGCAGAUGAACAACUUAACAAUGAGGCAAGUAUAAUUUUGAAAACUGUUGGUAUUUAUAAAAUUAUGAAUUUGGUUGUACUUCAAUUAAUUUUUGGAAGUUCUUGUACGUGUUCAUAAUCCCAUUCCUGACUUCAGGAUACACGAGAGCCUAUGAAUGAGAUCACGAAAGAGACACCUGGUUCUCCAAUAGCUCAACAGAAUAUUGAGACUCCAGUCCUUACUCCAAUUCAGACGCAACAGGUACAUUCUUUAAAAAAUUGGACUUUUCAAGUAAUUUUUGGAAGCCCUUGUACGUGUUCAUGAAACCAUUCCUGAAUUCAGGAGACUCACGAGCUUAUGAAUGAGAACAUUUCACCAAACAUUCAGGAGACUCACGAGCAAAAUAAGGUAUUACUUUUAUUUUAAAACCUUUAAUAAAUAUAAAGCAACUAUCAAAAUGACUGGAUAUCCUUGAAUCUAAACCAUCACAGGAUGUAGAAAGCAGAGUUCAAAAUACCUUUGAGAUCGGAGCAAAUGUGGAGAUUUCAUCACAAGAUGACAAUACUUGUCAUAAAUGGUAUCCAGGAAAUGUGUUGGCAACAUAUUUGGUUGAUGGGGUUGAGAUGGUGAAAGUUGAGUACUCCGCACCGUCUCUGGACGAAAAGAAGAGGAAAAGGAGUGUUGAGACACGUGUAUCAAUUGACAGAAUACGUCCUCAACCACCACCUGAGAGACCUGGAGCGAAGAAAAGUUAUGAGCUAAUGGAUGACGUAGAGGUGUUCGACAAUGGUGCCUGGUGCGCUGGAAAAGUUAAAGUCAUUUUGUUUGAUGGCACGUGUUUUGUCUCUUUGAACAAUUCUACUGAACAAAUUUACUUCAACCAUUCUGAGAUGCGAAAACCAAGAAAAUGGGUAGAUGGUGUUUGGAAGAUGACAGAAAAGGUAAAACAAAUGCCUUGGAUAACUUGAAUUGAAAAAUAAUGUCAUUUGUUUAAUAUCUCGGUAUUGUUUUUCAGAUAGAAGAAGAGCAGACGCAGAGUGUGAAUCCAAGUGAAGGAGAUGGUGAUAAAAAGGUAUGAAAUAUUUAUACAUCAUACUAGGAAUUAAGAUAUAAAUGUAUCUGAAUUUUUGUCAUUCAAAAAGGGGAAGGCGAAGGCUGUCGCUUGUAAGAAGAAGAAGAAAGCAAAUGCUCAGCCAGUAGAUUUGCUUCCUUUUCUACAGCGAGAAGAGAAGAGGCCAAUACGACCUAGAAACCCUCCUAUGCCUGUAACACCUGAGGUAAUCCUUCCAAUUGAUCCAUUUGUGACACCUGAAUUUCCUCGGUUUUCAAGGCUUGCACACUGGAUGGAUCUACGGGGCAUAUAUCGUGUACCGUUUUAUAUCAAUGGAAGAGAAAUUGAAAAAGAGUUCUUUCAAAAAAUGGACGAUGCAGAAAAGAAUCUCAACAAAGAGCACAUAAAUGUUGCAUUUGAAAUGCUAAAUUGUAAGAGGGUUGAGCAAGGUGCUUGGUUCCGCAACAACAAUCUUCCAGCAGCAUGCUUUGUACCAGUCAGAUUCUUAGAAGUGGUUGGGUACGCUUAUGAAUCUGUCAGGAAGCCACAUAAGAAAAAACAAACGUUAUUGGAGGGCUGUGUAGGCGAACUUGUGAAAGGUUUAAUACAUCCAAAGAAGGUAUGGCUGGAAGAUGUUGAUGUUAUAUAUGGUGUCAUUGAAGAUAAGUUGAGCUAUCACUAUAUUGGGGUGGAGAUACAAUUGAUUGAUAACACAAUCACACUCUUCCAUUGUGGUCUUCCAAAAGCAAAUAUCAAACGUGCUCUUAAUCAAAUCCAAGAACUGGCAGGUAAAAACUCUUUGUGAUUUAUUAAUUUUAUCAUUCAGUGUAGAAAAAUCAGUUUUAUUUAUAUUGUUACAUUGAUUAUGGAUAGGAUUGUGAAAGUAUGCGUAUCCUGAAAAAAGAAUUUUAGCUAAUUUAGAAAAUAAAAGUUUGUCUCUUGCUGCUUGUGCUUGUGAUGCAUUUUUACAUAUUCAUUUUGUUGUCUGUUGGUGAUUAAUUUAUUGUAUAAUUUUGGGUAUUUAUGACAGUGUUGAUUAGUGCCAUAAAGAUGGAACUUCUUGGUGAAGAGGUUAAUUUCGAAGAUAUCAGUCCAUUUCAAGUUAAGUUUGCAGAAGGGCUUCCAAAGACAAAAUUUCCAUACAACUGUGGUAUUUUUGUUGUGAAGAUGCUGGAAUGCAGGUCACUGGGAUUGAAGAGCAUGGCUAAUAUAAAUGAUGAAACUGCGAUGGACUUACGAAGCAAGCUAUGUUGUGAGAUCUUCGACCAGUUUAUGGAUAAAGAUUUCCAGGAAGGUCAAAGGAAGUGAAAAUGUCAUAUUUGUUCUGUUUUUUACUCUGUUUUUCUACUUUGACGUUAAUUAUCCCUAACGUUUAAGUUUAAGUUUGUAAUGAAUUAUCCCUAACGUUUUUUUCAUUUAGAUUGUUAUUGAAAAUUUUUUAGGA